AUUUACUUUGCAGAGCAUAAGGUGGAAUAACACGUUCUUCUAAAUGUAGAGUUUAAACAUUGAGUUGCAUCAUUGUGAAGAAAACCACUUAGUAUUUUAAUAGUAAGGUGACUUUACAAGUAAAGAUCUUCAAGAAGAUUCUUAUGUGAUUUAAAAAAUCAGCUUAGAUGCUUGGAAUUUGGAUUGUUGCAUUCUUGUUCUUUGGCACAUCAAGAGGAAAAGAAGUUUGCUAUGAAAGGUUAGGGUGUUUCAAAGAUGAUUUACCAUGGACCAGGACUUUCUCAACAGAGUUGGUAGGUUUACCCUGGUCUCCAGAGAAGAUAAACACUCGUUUCCUGCUCUACACUAUACACAAUCCCAAUGCCUAUCAGGAGAUCAGUGCGGUUAAUUCUUCAACUAUCCAAGCCUCAUAUUUUGGAACAGAUAAGAUCACCCGUAUCAACAUAGCUGGAUGGAAAACAGAUGGCAAAUGGCAGAGAGACAUGUGCAAUGUGUUGCUACAGCUGGAAGAUAUAAACUGCAUUAAUUUAGAUUGGAUCAACGGUUCACGAGAAUACAUCCAUGCUGUAAACAAUCUCCGUGUUGUUGGUGCUGAGGUGGCUUAUUUUAUUGAUGUCCUCGUGAAAAAUUUUGGAUAUUCCCCUUCUAAAGUGCACUUGAUUGGCCACAGCUUGGGAGCACACCUGGCUGGGGAAGCUGGGUCAAGGAUACCAGGCCUUGGAAGAAUAACUGGGUUGGACCCAGCUGGGCCAUUUUUCCACAACACUCCAAAGGAAGUCAGGCUAGACUCCUCGGAUGCCAACUUUGUUGAUGUUAUUCAUACAAAUGCAGCUCGCAUCCUCUUUGAGCUUGGUGUUGGAACCAUUGAUGCUUGUGGUCAUCUUGACUUUUACCCAAAUGGAGGGAAGCACAUGCCAGGAUGUGAAGACUUAAUUACACCUUUACUGAAAUUUAACUUCAAUAGUUACAAAAAAGAAAUGGCUUCCUUCUUUGACUGUAACCAUGCCCGAAGUCAUCAAUUUUAUGCUGAAAGUAUUCUUAAUCCUGAUGCAUUUAUUGCUUAUCCUUGUAGAUCCUACACAUCUUUUAAAGCAGGAAAUUGCUUCUUUUGUCCCAAAGAAGGUUGCCCAACAAUGGGUCAUUUUGCUGAUAGAUUUCACCUCCAAAAUAUGAAGACUAAUGGAUUAUAUUAUUUUUUAAACACAGGGUCUCUUUCCCCAUUUGCCCGUUGGAGGCACAGAUUGUCUGUUAAACUCAGAGGAAGCAAAGUCACUCAAGGGACUGUCUUUCUUCGUGUAGGCGGGACAAUUGGGAAAACUGGGGAGUUUGCCAUUGCCAGUGGAAAACUUGAGCCAGGCAUGACUUACACGAAAUUAAUCGAUGCAGAUGUUAAUGUUGGAAACAUUACAAGUGUUCAGUUCAUCUGGAAAAAACAUUUGUUUGAAGAUUCUCAGAAUAAGUUGGGAGCAGAAAUGGUGAUAAAUACAUCUGGGAAAUAUGGAUAUAAAUCUACCUUCUGUAGCCAAGACAUAAUGGGACCUAAUAUUCCCCAGAACCUGAAACCAUGCCAACCUCAGAUGCAGUCAUGAUGGAUUUCUUUAGUAGGAGCAGUGAAGAAAAGUGUCUCCUUCCACCUGGCAUCCAGACCAAAUGUAACCCUUGUAAAUGACUCCCAGUCCUUUGCAAGGUUCUUACUCAGAGUCAAGUACGGGUUUGGUAUUUUUUUCUGUGUAGAAUGCUCAUCUAAUUGCACCUUAAAAACACACUGAACCCUGGGACAAAAGAUAAUUCCUGUGGUCUCUAGGAAUCUGGAUGUCAGUGACAAAAUAGAGCUGUUUUGGAAUUUUCCUGAAUGAGAGGAGGUGAUGCAAAUGUACGGUGAGUGUAUAAACUCACUGGAAAAAAAGUGAGCCUCUGGUUUGCUGAGUUUUUGAAGUACAUUUUCAGAUAUAAUAAUCAUUGUUCUAAAAUUAUAUAAAACUAUUUGUUAUGUUGUUAAAUCUUGCUGAGACAAAUUAUGACUAUAGUGCAUGAUAUAUAGUAGAUUAUAACCUUGUGGGUUGAUGUGUCUGUCUAGUAACAAUAAAAACUAAUGAGAUUGCACUAGUAUUUCCAAGGUGUUCCUUGGUGUUCAGGGUAUGCAUAAGAGAGAUUUUAGAGUUUAUCUCUUGUGUAUUCAUCAGUUAGCAAUGGGACCUGAAGUUCAACAACCCAGGGUAUAGCCCCCUUCCUCCAAAAGUCCCUUUCACAGGAGAAUUACUCCUCUCCGUGGGUGUUGAAGGCUCUAUGGUGAAUUUGUAUUUAGUCUCAAGGCAGCAUUUCAUUUGUAAAGCACUUGGAUAACCUUUUGUUCUUGCAAUGACAAUAUUACAAUAUUUAAA